AUGAGCAACAACAACAUUCCGUACGACGACCACGAUCUCUUUAGCAACCACCGUCAGGAAGACGGAGAGCUCUACAAUGGAGGAGCUUUAUCCAAUGCUGCUGCUGCCACCACCGACGUUCCCCUGGGGUAUCCCGCCGCCACGUCGUUACCCUCCACUCACUAUGCGGAAGGCGAGAUAAUCCACCAACAAUGGCACGGGGUCUUUAUCUUUCUAGCCUAUGUGGCCGCCUUUAUUGGUGCCUACUCUUCCAUUCGUCUCCUAGAACAUGGCCUCUGGAGAUCCGAGCGAGAACGAAGGAACGCAUCUUCCUUAAUCACCCGCUACCCCCAGUUCUUCACGGCCCUUAUCCUAGGCUCUUGCACCAUCUGGUCUAUGCACUUUGUGGGGAUGCAAGCAGUAGUACUGGAGCACGUCGAUACCAUGUGCUACAAUUGGAUCGAAACGGUAGCAUCGGUAGUGCUGUCCGUGGCGGGCGUAUGGACGGGUGUCCGACUGGCAUCCAGAGAUAUCUUCUCGGGGACCGAUCGAGUUUCCAAACUCAAGGAAUUGCUCCGACAUGAUCCUUACGUCACAUCCAAGCUCAACCGCCAACGAGCAUCUACACACAUUCACAUGGUGGCGCUUUUUUACAAGCUACACUGGAUUGCGGCCGGAAGUGUUCUAGCGGCCUGCGGGGCCCUCUCCAUGCACUAUGUGGGCAUGCAUGCCAUGAGGGGACCAUUCCGAAGGGAAUGGAGCAUUGGCUUGGUGGCGGCGAGUUUUGUCGUUGGCGCGGUCGUUUGCUUUGUGGGAUUCUGGAUUCUCUUUCGACCGCUCCACUGGAAGGUUGAGAAGAGUUGGUACCGACAAGCGGCGGCAGGAGUGAUUGCUCUCGCCGUUUGCUUUCUGCACUUUUUAGGCAUGCUAUCCGUCACCUACAUUGCCGACAGCACGGUCGAGCAUCACUGCUCUGAAACGGAAAUGUGGGGAUGGAAAUCAGAUCAAAUACAGGUGCUCUUUGUCGGCAUGGCUGUACCCGCCAUUGCCUUUCUCGUCGAACACACAAUCUCCAACGAACUUCGAAUCACUUACCGACAACUGUUGGACAUUCAAUUGACCGGAUCGCAGUUCCUACGUACAAAUAGUAGUAGUCGACGCUCGAGCUUCUCCGGUUCUACAGUGCGGAUCAGUGGAUUGGGAGACGGAAGCGACGAUUCGACGUCUCGUUCCAAACGGCCGGCACGUGCCACAGGUGGACGCAGGUCCCUGUCCCAACGACAAAGAGAUUGGGAUCAGGUCUACAACUCUGCCGAACAAAGGGGCGAGUCGAGCUGUGAACUGGGACGCAGUACGCGGGAAAGCACCACCAGCUACGCCCAUUCCUUUGGGGGUGAAAACGACCCGUCGACCAUUCCCGAAAAAGAAAGCACCUCCUCGCAUGUUGAGAAUGCUCCGGAUGUGUCAAACGGUGCUCAAAGACGGCAAGCCUACAAAAGUAAGACUCCCACAACCAAAGAGGAAUCCACAACCGAUGAUGAAGAAUCCUCAAGCAGACGUUCACGGUUCCAGAAUGAGCCACAGAGUGGUGAUUUGUCGCUGUCGCAAGACGAGGUAGAACCGUUCCCAGCAGCCAAUGUCGAACCCGCAACCAUGGAAGCUAGUCUGCAGAGUCAAUCCGACAAAGACGAAGAAUGCAUCGAGGAGCUGGAGCAGUCGAUUCGAGCGUUUGAAGCUCCACACCACUCCUUACAGUCCUUUGUGGCUGCAUGCACCACAUCCGCAUCUGCUUCCGCAUCGUCACUUCCAAUGGACGUGGAGCUGGGCGAACCUCGACAUAAGGUUGCCACUCAAUGCGCCUGA